CCUGCAGCAGCAGCGGCGGCGGCGGCGGCGGCAGCGCGCCGGGCGGCCCGGGAAGCCUCGGUUCCCGCGGCGGCGGCGGCAACAUGGCUUCGGCUGGUAACGCCGCGGAGCCCCAAGAUCGCGGCGGCGGCGGCAGCUGCGGCGGAGCUCCGGGCCGUCCAGCCGGAGGCGGGAGGCGCAGACGGACCGGGGGUCUGCGCCGCCACGCCGCGCCGGACCGGGACUAUCUGCACCGGCCCAGCUACUGCGAUGCCGCCUUUGCUCUGGAGCAGAUUUCCAAGGGGAAAGCUACUGGCCGGAAAGCGCCGCUGUGGCUGAGAGCGAAGUUUCAGAGACUCUUAUUUAAACUGGGUUGUUACAUUCAAAAAAACUGCGGCAAAUUCUUGGUUGUGGGCCUCCUCAUAUUUGGGGCCUUCGCUGUGGGAUUAAAGGCAGCUAAUCUGGAGACCAACGUGGAGGAGCUGUGGGUGGAAGUUGGUGGACGAGUAAGUCGUGAAUUAAAUUAUACUCGCCAGAAGAUUGGAGAAGAGGCUAUGUUUAAUCCUCAACUCAUGAUUCAGACUCCGAAAGAAGAAGGUGCUAAUGUCCUGACCGCAGAAGCACUCCGCCAACACCUGGACUCGGCACUCCAGGCCAGCCGGGUCCACGUAUACAUGUACAACAGGCAGUGGAAAUUGGAACAUUUGUGUUACAAAUCCGGAGAACUUAUCACAGAAACAGGUUACAUGGAUCAGAUAAUAGAAUAUCUUUACCCUUGUUUAAUUAUUACACCUUUGGACUGCUUCUGGGAAGGCGCCAAGUUACAAUCUGGGACAGCAUACCUGCUAGGUAAACCUCCUUUGCAGUGGACAAACUUUGACCCUUUGGAAUUCCUAGAAGAGUUAAAGAAAAUAAACUAUCAAGUGGACAGCUGGGAGGAAAUGCUGAAUAAGGCUGAAGUUGGUCAUGGUUACAUGGACCGGCCCUGCCUCAAUCCUGCUGAUCCAGACUGCCCUGCCACAGCCCCCAACAAAAAUGCAACCAAACCUCUUGAUAUGGCCCUUGUUUUGAAUGGUGGAUGUCAUGGGUUAUCCAGGAAGUAUAUGCACUGGCAGGAGGAGCUGAUUGUUGGUGGCACAGUCAAGAACAGCACUGGGAAGCUUGUCAGUGCCCACGCCUUGCAGACCAUGUUUCAGUUAAUGACUCCCAAGCAGAUGUACGAACACUUCAAGGGGUACGAGUAUGUCUCACACAUCAACUGGAAUGAGGACAAAGCAGCAGCCAUCCUGGAGGCUUGGCAGAGGACCUAUGUGGAGGUGGUUCACCAAAGCGUCGCCCAGAACUCCACUCAGAAGGUGCUUUCCUUUACCACAACGACCCUGGACGACAUCCUCAAGUCUUUCUCCGAUGUCAGCGUCAUCCGAGUGGCCAGUGGCUACUUACUGAUGCUUGCCUAUGCCUGUUUAACCAUGCUGCGCUGGGACUGCUCCAAGUCCCAGGGUGCCGUGGGGCUGGCUGGCGUCCUGUUGGUUGCACUGUCAGUGGCUGCAGGAUUGGGCCUGUGCUCAUUGAUCGGGAUUUCCUUUAACGCAGCAACAACUCAGGUUUUGCCAUUUCUUGCUCUUGGUGUUGGUGUGGAUGAUGUUUUCCUCCUGGCACAUGCAUUUAGUGAAACAGGACAGAAUAAAAGAAUCCCUUUUGAGGACAGGACCGGGGAGUGCCUCAAGCGCACAGGAGCCAGCGUGGCCCUCACAUCCAUCAGCAACGUCACAGCCUUCUUUAUGGCUGCAUUGAUCCCCAUUCCUGCUCUGCGAGCCUUCUCCCUCCAGGCGGCUGUAGUGGUGGUCUUCAAUUUUGCUAUGGUUCUCCUCAUUUUCCCUGCAAUUCUCAGCAUGGAUUUGUAUCGACGCGAGGACAGGAGAUUGGAUAUUUUCUGCUGUUUUACAAGCCCCUGUGUCAGCAGAGUGAUUCAGGUUGAACCUCAGGCCUACACAGAGGCUCACGAAGGCACCCGCUGCAGCCCCCCGCCCCCCUACAGCAGCCACAGCUUUGCCCACGAGACACAGAUCACCAUGCAGUCCACAGUGCAGCUCCGCACAGAGUAUGACCCCCAUACACAUGUGUACUACACAACUGCCGAGCCGCUCUCCGAGAUCUCCGUGCAGCCCGUUGCCGUGACGCAGGACACCCUCAGCUGCCAGAGCCCCGAGAGCACCAGCUCCACAAGGGACCUGCUCUCCCAGUUCUCUGACUCUGGCUUCCACUGCCUGGAACCCCCUUGUACCAAGUGGACACUGUCGUCUUUUGCUGAGAAACACUACGCUCCUUUCCUCUUGAAACCAAAAGCCAAGGUUGUGGUGAUCUUUCUUUUCCUGGGCUUGCUUGGGGUCAGCCUCUAUGGGACCACCCGAGUGCGCGACGGACUGGACCUUACAGACAUUGUGCCUCGGGAAACCAGAGAAUAUGACUUUAUUGCUGCACAGUUCAAAUACUUUUCUUUCUACAACAUGUAUAUAGUCACCCAGAAAGCAGACUACCCGAAUAUCCAGCACUUACUUUAUGACCUUCACAAGAGUUUCAGUAAUGUGAAGUAUGUUAUGUUGGAAGAAAAUAAACAGCUUCCCAAAAUGUGGCUGCACUACUUCCGAGACUGGCUCCAAGGACUUCAGGAUGCAUUUGACAGUGAUUGGGAAACUGGGAAAAUCAUGCCAAACAAUUACAAAAAUGGAUCAGAUGAUGGGGUCCUUGCCUAUAAACUCCUGGUGCAGACCGGCAGCCGCGAUAAACCCAUCGAUGUCAGUCAGUUGACUAAACGUCGCCUGGUGGAUGCAGACGGCAUCAUUAAUCCCAGUGCUUUCUACAUCUACCUGACCGCUUGGGUCAGCAACGACCCAGUGGCUUACGCCGCCUCCCAGGCCAACAUCCGACCUCACCGUCCUGAGUGGGUCCAUGACAAAGCAGACUACAUGCCAGAAACCAGGCUGAGAAUCCCAGCAGCAGAACCCAUCGAAUAUGCUCAGUUUCCUUUCUACCUCAAUGGCUUGCAUGACACCUCAGAUUUCGUGGAAGCGAUCGAAAAAGUCAGAACCAUCUGCAACAACUACACAAGCCUGGGGCUCUCCAGUUACCCCAAUGGCUACCCCUUCCUCUUCUGGGAGCAGUACAUUGGCCUCCGCCACUGGCUCCUGCUGUCCAUCAGCGUGGUGCUGGCCUGCACGUUUCUUGUGUGUGCUGUCUUCCUCCUGAACCCCUGGACGGCCGGGAUCAUUGUGACAGUCCUGGCUUUGAUGACAGUAGAGCUCUUUGGCAUGAUGGGCCUCAUUGGAAUCAAGCUGAGUGCUGUGCCUGUGGUUAUCCUGAUCGCGUCUGUCGGCAUAGGCGUGGAAUUCACCGUUCACGUUGCUCUGGCCUUUCUCACAGCCAUUGGUGACAAGAACCACAGGGCUGUGCUUGCCCUGGAGCACAUGUUUGCACCUGUUCUUGAUGGGGCUGUUUCUACUCUGCUGGGUGUGCUGAUGCUUGCAGGAUCGGAGUUUGAUUUCAUUGUCAGGUAUUUCUUUGCUGUCCUGGCAAUCCUAACAAUCCUGGGUGUUCUCAAUGGGCUGGUUUUGCUUCCAGUCCUAUUGUCCUUCUUCGGACCAUAUCCUGAGGUAUCUCCAGCCAACGGUCUGAAUCGGCUACCCACCCCUUCCCCUGAGCCGCCUCCCAGUGUGGUCCGGUUUGCUGUGCCCCCAAGUCAUGCGAACAAUGGGUCUGACUCCUCUGACUCAGAGUACAGUUCUCAGACGACGGUUUCAGGCAUCAGUGAGGAGCUUCGGCAGUACGAGACCCAGCAGGGUACCGGGGGCCCUGCCCACCAGGUGAUCGUGGAAGCCACAGAAAACCCUGUCUUUGCCCGUUCCACUGUGGUCCAUCCCGAAGUGAGACAUCACCCUCCCUCAAACUCUCGACAGCAGCCCCACCUGGACUCAGGGUCCCUGCCACAUGGACGGCUGGGCCAGCAACCCCAGAGGGAAGCUCCCAGAGAAAGCUCACGGCCGCCCCCCUACAGACCGCGCAGAGACGCUUUUGAAAUGUCUACUGAAGGGCACUCUGGCCCUAGCAAUAGGGACCGCAUGGGCCCCCGGGGAGCCCGCUCUCACAACCCUCGGCACCCAGUGUUCACUGCCAUGGGCAGCUCCGUGCCCAGCUACUGCCAGCCCAUCACCACCGUGACAGCCUCAGCAUCCGUGACUGUUGCUGUGCACCCCCCACCCGCCCCUGGGCCUGGGAGGAACCCCCGAGGGGGGCUGUGCCCAGGCUAUGAGGACUACCCCCAGAUGGACCCCCGGCUGUUCGAGGACCCCCAUGUGCCUUUUAACGUCCGGUGCGAGAGGAGGGAUUCCAAAGUGGAGGUCAUAGAACUGCAGGACGUGGAAUGCGAGGAGAGGCCCCGGGGCAGCAGCUCCAACUGAGGGUGAGUAAAAUCUGAAGCAAAGAGGCCAAAGAUUGGAAUCCCCCCCUACCCCCCAAAACUGCUUGAAGAGAACUGCUUGGAGUUAGAAAGAUGUACUGCGCCAGAACUGCAGUCCAUUAUUACUGUAACUGAUUGUAUUAUUUUGUGAAAUAUUUCUAUAAAUAUUUAAGAAGUGUACACUUAUGUAAAUAUGAAGAAAUGGAUGUAAAGUAGUGUGAUCUGGGGCUUCUCCACUGCUGCCCAGAAUAUGCGGUGGGGCAGCUGCAGUGGGCCCCUCCCUAUUUGUACAUUGGUCUCCGUGCCACAACCAAGCUUAACUUAGUCUUAAAUUUCAGCAUAUGUUGCUGCUGCUUAAAUAUUGUAUAAUUUACCUGUAUAAUUCUAUGCAAAUAUUGCUUAUAUAAUAGGAUUAUUUUGUAAAGGUUUCUGUUUAAAGUAUUUUAAAUUUGCAUAUCACAACCCUGUGGUAGUAUGAAAUGUUACUGUUAACUUUCAAACACGCUAUGCGUGGUAAUUUUGUUAUUGUUUAAUGAGCAGAUAUGAAGAAAGCACGUUAAUCCUGGUGGCUUCUAGGUAUAGUUGGAUGCAAUGCUCCUGUUUGGCUGUGUAUGUGAACAUGUGUGUGAUUUCCCGAUGUACUGUACUAUGAUUUUUUUUUCUUUUUUUGUUUUCUUUCACUGUCCAUAACCUUUAGUGGGUUCUGCCCUGGUCAGGCUAGAAGAGUCGGGACGAUUUUAUGACCUAGUGCUGGUGGGGGAUAGCCACCCCGAACAGCGCCUUAUCCUUUGGCCAGGCUCAUGUCAAGUCUAGGGCAUCCCCUAAGAUCAUUGGCUGCCAUCCAGACACCCCAGCUUGCAUCUCAGAGGAGAUAACUUCUUUCAGUGGAUCUUUGUGGUAGAUGUUGGAACCUCAGGGUAUAGAGUUAACAUCUGUUCAUCCUCUUUAUUGUUCAAGUAUUAGAGAAUAGGCCUAGGGGAGAGCCUCAGCUGGGCUGUGAGUGUUAUUAGGCAGCCUUCAUUAUACCUCUCAACCCACAUACACACACACACACCCCCCAAAAAAUGUAAGCGUGGAUUAAAAAUGCUUUGGAGCUGAUGACCCUGCUACAGGUUAAAAAAAAAAAAAAAAAAAAAAAAAAAAAAAACCUGUUCAUUCUUGGCGCACAGUAAACCCAGAGGUGAUGUUUUGAGUCCCUACCAUUUAAAUUCCCUAUCUUCCUAAAUUGCACAGGUGGUUGGGGCUUUCUGGAUCUGUUUGCAUUUUUAAAAAUAAAUUGCAUGAUAAAUAGGUGAUACGGGGUCAGAAGCAGUGUAGGAUAUGAUCUUUAGAAGGAUUCUUCUCUGUAUUAACAGUAUGGGUGCACACUUCCUAAAUAAAUCAUUUCUUUCCUCUCACCAUUAUUAGUGUUCUUUCAAUGUGACACUUACUGACAAGCAGGGAGAUGCUAAUUGCAUGCAGUCCUCUGUAGAAUGGACAUGGAGGCAAAUCUCUCAACCAGGCACCACUUUUAAAGGUUUGCUUCUGUAUCAAUUCUGUUGUCUUGUUCUGAGGCUUGGUCUUCCUCAGCUCUUAGCCAGAGACCAGUAUGUCGGGAAGCACUUGGCACCCAGACAAAGCUACUAUAGGAGUGCACAAAUGGCAGCUCCCAUGACGCCCUCCUAUUUCACAUGGAAAACCUUAAUCGAAAGGCAGCGGCCCCCAGUAGUCCCUGCUGUGCAGUGACCUCAGACUCUAAACUCGUAACAAAACUGUAAGAUACCAAUUGGAAGCCACCUGUGGGUGCCAGGUGUGUGUGUGAAUAUGUCAGGGGCCCCGAGAGCUCCAUGGCGACUGUUCGGUGCCUCUGUUCACCACACACUGUGUAUCUACCUAGCAGCCAGCUCUACUCAGAAAAGUUACAUGUCCUGCGCUCAGGAGGGUGAUGCAAAAUUCUGAGGUCUGCUUCCCUCGGGCUCGCGGCGUGCCCUUGCUCCUUUCCUGAGCCCGAGUGUGUGGUGCAUGACAGCUCGCCUCGCCCCUGCUUUCUGCACAGUGUAGAACCGUCUCCCAUUGUCACAUUGGCAAAGGGAGAGCAGGGGGCUGGCUGGCAACUAGAAUUUCUCUCUUUCUUAAAUAGUUUUAUUUUGUCUGUCUUAUUUGUUCAUUUGGAUGUUUUAAUUUUUUUAAAGAAAUCUUUGCUGAUAUUUAUAAUUUUGUAUCAUAAGAAUGUUUUCCUACAGUAUUUGUCAUGCCAGUUUAUAACAAAAAAAAAAAUGCAGGGAUUUUUAUUUCUAUUGGAAACACUAUUACAGCUAUGUUUUACUUUUGAACAGAAUUUUUAUUUGUAUAGAGUGCUUACUAAUGUUAAAUAGUUCAGAGUAUAUAACAUUUUCCUUAAGGUCUCAUGGUAGGUUCUAGUGUAAGAAGUUUAAAGGAAAUAUUCAAACUGGGUCUCAUUGUCUGCCAAUUUUGGUGGAAAUGGGUUUGUGUCAUUUCAAUUACAAAGAUAAAAGUAUGCCAUAUAAUUUAUUUAUAUGAAAAUUUAUUUUUGUAGUGUACAUAGUAGUCAUCAAGUCUUUUGACAGAAGUAUAUUUUUAAAGAAUUUAUAUGUGAUGAAUCCAUAAUGUCUGGAACUUUGCUGAGACAUGAGUGGGGCACACUUUUCAUUGUAAAGUACAGCAAGGGAAAGAAAAUGUUUAACAGUGUUAAGAGAGUGAAAUCGAGUAAAUAUCCAAGCAAUUGUGAAAUGUGUAUUAGUUACCAUUUGUGACCUAGUGUGGUUCUCAUUUUAAACCCUGGA